CGUCAAGCUGCAUUUCUGCAGCCUGCUUGUAUGUCCCCUUUGCAGGUAUCUGUGCAGUAUUCUACAUUCUCGCCUAUCUCCAAAUCGGCUUAUUUCGCGCGUACAUGGUCGGCCGUGUGUGAUCUCCUUCCACAGAACUCUCCUGUUCUCCGCCAUGCUUUGAUCGAGCUGUGGUCAACGCACGCGGUCGAAUACCGCGAGUCUUCGCGACAAUGAUAAUAGCUUCGUCGUCUGGUGGGACAGGCUCGAGCUUAGCCCGAGCUGCAGUAAUAGUCGCUGGUGUCUCCUCACUAGUUGCCACACUGCUCUCUUUUGUGUCUAUAUGGCUUCAAACGAAAAACUACCGCAAACCGCUUCUUCAGCGAUAUGUUGUUCGCAUAUUAUUGAUGGUCCCAAUAUACGCAGCAUCUUCCUGGGCGAGUAUAAUAUCACUGAAAGCGUCACUAUGGCUGGCUCCUAUUCGCGACGUAUAUGAGGCCUUUACGAUCUAUACUUUCUUCCAACUCCUCAUAAACUUUCUCGGUGGUGAAAGGGCUGUCAUUAUCAUGAUGCAUGGUCGCCCUCCAGUUCAACAUGCCUGGCCACUCAACCACUUCCUAUCUAAAGUCGAUAUCUCCGACCCACACACCUUUUUAGCCGUCAAACGCGGCAUCCUACAAUACACAUGGCUAAAGCCAAUUCUCGCCAUCGCUUCCAUUGUAAUGAAAGCCACGGAUACAUAUAAAGAGGGCUACCUGGGCUUGUCAUCCGGCUACCUUUGGACUGGCAUCCUGUAUAAUAUCAGCGUUUCCGUUAGUCUUUAUUCGCUGGCACUGUUUUGGGUCUGCCUUCACCACGAUCUAACGCCCUUUCGACCGAUCCCCAAGUUCCUCUGUGUCAAGCUCAUUAUAUUUGCCUCCUAUUGGCAAGGAUUCUUCCUGUCUAUCCUUCAGUGGCUUGGAGCUCUUCCCAACGGUACCGGAGACUAUACUCCGAAUAACCUCGCCGCUGCAAUCCAAGACAGUUUGACGUGUUUUGAGAUGCCCAUGUUUGCGGUUGCUCACUGGUAUGCGUUCUCAUGGCACGACUAUGCGGACUCGACCAUCUCCGCUGCUCGGCUGCCGGUUAAAUACGCCCUUCGUGAUUCUUUCGGCGCAAAGGAUUUGAUCGAGGAUACUAAGAUAACCCUGCGCGGCGAGAACUACGGGUAUAGGCUUUUUGAUUCAGGUGACCAUAUCAUUGCCCAUGAAGAGUCCAAUUCACGAGUGAGGCGAGUCAUGCACGGUAUGCGAUACGAGCGCGGCGGGAAAGGGAAGUACUGGAUCCCCAAACCCGGCGAGGUCAAUAGUCGAACUCCCUUGCUCGCCGGCUCUGAAGGUAGCAGCGGCACUCGACGCAGUAGCACCCUUGACCGGUACCGUUCCCGCAGCGAAUCCGAAGAAACUACUUUGGACAACGAUGAUGAAAACCUAUUUUCCCAGGCCCGAGAAUUGGAAUUCGGCGACUUCAACUAUCCCGUUAUCACCGCCAAUAUAGUUCCAAGAGACCAACGCCUGGCUAGUCCUACUCCUUCCCCAUCUACACAGCAACCGCAAUUGGUGAAGAAGGCGAGGAAAAGCAGAAAGAUACGAGCAUCAGACGGUAGCCAUGGUGGCACCGAACGCCGUCUCUCUGGGAGUUCACGGCGAGAUCGCCCUGAGAACCCAGAUCUGCAACGGCGUGAUUCUAACUCGGCCAAAUCCCCGGGGUCUCAUCGCAGUCAGUUGGUUGAUCUUGUAGUGGAAGACCGAAAGGCGGAGGACGACGAGCGGGCGCACGUUCAACGAGCAUUUGGAUCAGUGGCCGCUGAACCGGAACACAAACUUUUUCAAAGACCGUCCGGUGAUCCAGUUGACGAACCACCAGCUGAUAAUGCAGAGGAAAUCGCAGAAACCUCAAAUGAACGAGACAGACUUCUUGAUCCAGAUACUGAAGAAUUAGGUCCCAAAACGCCCUCCUGGAACUAUGGAGACCUGGAAGAUGGCAAUGUCUGGAGCCGAUAGUGCAGCGG